AUGGACAAGGCGUGGAUGAAAUUACCAAGAUAUAGCCCAGAAUACAUUAAUGGUGUUGAAGUUUUUCUAAAUUAUGCGUACACAAAAGGAAACCCCCAAGGAGUAGAGAUUUUGUGCCCUUGUGCUAAAUGCCACAAUGCUUUUUGGAGGACAAGGGCAGUGGUGCUUGAUCAUUUAAUUGGAUACGGAUUUGAAAAAGGAUAUGAUGUUUGGGUUCGUCAUGGUGAGGGGCUAAUAAACCCGAUGGAUCUCAAUGGUGAUAUGGAUGAUAGAGAGGAUGCAAUUGAUGAUAUUGAUGGACUAUUGUAUGAACAAUUUAGAGAUGUGGCACAAGAAGAAAAUGGAGUUGGUGAAGGCCCUAAUGAAGAUGCUAAAAAGUUCUAUAAUCUACUUGAAGAUGCAAAGCAAGAGUUGUACCCGGGUUGCAAAAACUUCACUAAAUUGUCAUUCACUAUUCGACUGUAUUUGUUGAAGUGCCUUCAUGGUUGGAGUAAUGCAUCUUUCAAUGCUUUAUUAGUGCUGUUGAGAGAAUCUAUGCCUCAAUUGAAUAUUCCCGAUUCAUUAAACAAAACUAGAGGCAUGAUAAGGGAUUUGGGGCUUGAUUAUAAAAAGAUUGAUGUUUGCCCUAAUGACUGCAUGCUAUAUUGGAAAGAUCACGAGAAUGACACCUCUUGCCAUGUUUGUGGAGCUCCACGAUGGAUUGAGAAUGUUGAAGGAGAUCGCCAACUUGAGGAAAAUAAGAAAGCUUACAAAAUUUCCGGUAAAGUUUUGAGACACUUCCCCUUGAUUCCUAGGCUUCAAAGGUUAUUUUUGUGUUCAAAGACAGCUGGCUCAUUAAGGUGGCAUGAAGAGGAGCGUUCAAAGGCUGGAAAGUUAAGGCAUCCCGCGGAUGGAGAGGCGUGGAAAGACUUCGAUAAAUGCCAUCCUAACCUUGCCAGUGAUUCACGAAACAUAAGGCUUGGAUUGACCAGUGAUGGAUUUAAUCCUUUUAGAUCCAUGAAUGUGUCUCACAGUACUUGGCCUGUGGUUUUGAUACCAUAUAACUUUCCACCUUGGUGGUGUAUGAAGGCUGAGUAUGCUAUGCUAUCUUUAUUAAUCCCUGGCCCGCAAUCACCAGGGAAUAACAUUGAUGUAUACCUCCAACCAUUGAUUGAGGAGUUGAAGUUAUUGUGGGAUUCAGGAGUAGAAACAUAUGAUUCUUCACUAAAUCAAACUUUUCAAAUGCGAGCAGCUCUAUUGUGGACUAUCAGUGAUUUUCCUGGGUAUGCUAUGUUGAGUGGGUGGAGUACAAAAGGGAAAUUAGCAUGUCCUUGUUGCAAUUAUAACACUAAUUCAACUUAUUUGAGGUAUAGUCGAAAGAUGUGUUAUAUGGAUCAUCGUGUUUUUUUGCCUAUGGAUCAUGAAUAUAGAUCAAAUACAAGGGCUUUUAAUGGGAGAAAAGAAUCCAGGCCUCCACCAACUUUGUUGAAAGGGAAAGAUACCUUAGAAUUAUUAGAAAACUUCAAUAAUGUCUUUGGAAAGAUGCAAACAAAACUUACCAAUGGUCCUUGGAAGAAAAAAUCAAUUUUUUUUGAGUUGUCAUAUUGGAAGCACAAUAGCUUGCGCCAUAACCUUGAUGUGAUGCAUAUAGAGAAAAAUAUAUUUGAUAAUAUAAUCGGGACUUUGUUGGAUAUCCCAGGGAAGACAAAAGAUCAUGAAAAAGCUCGUUUUGACUUACAAGACAUGGGCAUUAGAAAGAAACUUCAUCCCAAAGAGACAAAUGAAGGUAAAAAUAUAAUGUUCUCAAAAGCAUGUUUCUCCAUGACUCCGAAUGAGAAGACUAUUUUCUGUGGUGUUUUAAAGAAAGCAAAAAUACCAGAUGGUUGUGCGUCAAACAUCUCAAGAUGUGUUCAUGUUGUUGAGAAGAAAAUUUAUGGUUACAAAAGUCAUGAUGCACAUUUCAUUCUACAUUACUUGCUACAAGUAGCUGUGAGAAGCACAAUGUCCAACCAGGUUUCCCACCCUUUAAUUCGUCUUUGUUCAUUUUUUCGUUGCUUAUGCCAAAAAGUAAUUGACGUGGGGGAUCUUAAUAUCUUGCAAUCAGAGAUUACUGAAACACUUUGCCAGUUGUAG